GCCACCGCCACCGCCACCACCACCACCAUGCCUCCUCUGAAGGUCUGCCUCAUCGGAUCCGGCAACUGGGGAACUGCCAUUUCAAAAAUCAUAGGCCAAAAUACCAAAAAGUCCAACCAGUUUGACCCUAUUGUGAAGAUGUGGGUAUUUGAAGAACUGAUCAAUGGUCGAAAACUCACUGAGAUCAUUAACCAAGAACAUGAAAAUGUGAAGUAUCUCCCAGGGCAUAAAAUACCUCCAAAUGUGGUUGCUGUACCAGAAGUAGGAGAAGCAGCAGAUGGAGCGGAUAUUUUAAUAUUUGUUGUACCUCAUCAGUUUAUUCCCAAAAUUUGUGAACAACUUAUUGGUCACGUAAAAGCAGGAGCAAUUGGGAUUUCACUCAUCAAGGGUAUAGAUGAGGGCCCUCAAGGACUGAAACUCAUAUCAGACAUCAUCCGAGAGAAACUGAAGAUAGAUAUGAGCGUGCUCAUGGGAGCCAACAUUGCCAAUGAAGUGGCAGAUGAAAUGUUCUGUGAAACAACCAUUGGUUCUAAAAAUGCUAAAAAUGGGAAGGUCUUCAAAGAAUUAAUGCAAACUUCAAAUUUCAGAAUUACUGUGGUGGAUGACUGUGACACUGUGGAACUCUGUGGGGCCUUAAAGAACAUCGUGGCAGUUGGAGCUGGAUUUUGUGACGGGCUGGGCUUUGGUGACAAUACCAAGGCAGCUGUGAUUCGCCUGGGCCUGAUGGAAAUGAUUGCCUUUGCUAAAAUCUUCUGCAAGGGCACUGUCUCAAUAAAUACGUUUCUGGAAAGCUGUGGGGUUGCAGAUCUGAUUACCACAUGCUACGGGGGACGUAACAGGAAGGUGGCUGAAGCUUUUGCACGUGGUGGAAAAACAAUUGAACAGUUAGAAAAAGAAAUGUUGAAUGGACAGAAGCUACAAGGACCUCAAACAUCAGCUGAAGUCUAUAAGAUUCUGAAGCAGAGGAAUAUGGUUGACAAGUUUCCACUAUUCGCAAAUAUCUACCUAAUCUGUUAUGAAGGAAAGUCAGUCAAAGAGUUCAUCGCUUGCCUGAAAAAUCAUCCGGAACACAUGUAAGAUGGUAUGCUGCAACUUACCGGUAUAGUCUCUCUCAACUCAAGAUUUGUCAGCCUGACAAUGGAGAAUAAAGCAAGCAAGCAAGGCUUCUGUCAACUUGACAAUGGAGAAUAAAAGCAAACAAGCAACAUGCAAAAAAAAAAAAAAAAAGCCUUUGGUAUUAACCUCAUUGCGGUCUUCACAGAAAA